AUGGAAGCUGCACAUUUUUUCGAAGGGACCGAGAAAAUGCUGGAGGUCUGGUUCUCCAGGCAGCAGUCCGACUCCAGCCAGGGAUCUGGGGAUCUUCGCACCAUCCCAAGAUCUGAGUGGGAUGUUCUUUUGAAGGAUGUGCAAUGCUCAAUCAUAAGUGUGACAAAGACUGACAAGCAGGAAGUUUAUGUACUCAGUGAGAGUAGCAUGUUUGUCUCUAAGAGACGUUUCAUCUUGAAGACAUGUGAUACCACCCUCUUACUGAAAGCACUGGUUCCCCCGUUGAAGCUUGCUAGGGAUUACAGUGGGUUUGACUCAAUUCAAAGCUUCUUUUAUCGCAAGAAUUUCAUGAAGCCUUCUCACCAAGGGUACCCACACUGGAAUUUCCAGGAAGAAAUCGAGUUUCUUAAUGCAGUUUUCCCAAAUGGAGCAGCAUGUUGUAUGGGACGUAUGAAUUCUGACUGUUGGUACUUGUAUACUUUGGGUUUCCCAGAGAGCCGAGUAAUCAGUCAGCCAGAUCAAACCCUGGAAAUUCUGAUGAGUGAGCUUGACCCAGCAGUUAUGGACCAGUUCCACAUGAAAGAUGGUGUUACUGCAAAGGAUGUCACUCGUGAGAGUAGAAUUUGUGACCUGAUACCAGGUUCUGUCAUUGAUGCCACACUGUUCAAUCCUUGUGGCUACUCGAUGAAUGGAAUGACAUCGGAUGGAACAUACUGGACUAUUCACAUCACUCCAGAACCAGAAUUCUCUUAUGUUAGCUUUGAAACAAACUUAAGUCAGACCUCCUAUGAUGACCUGAUCAGGAAGGUUGUGGAAGUCUUCAAGCCAGGAAAAUUUGUGACCACCUUGUUUGUUAAUCAGAGUUCUAAAUGUUGCACAGUGCUUUUUUCACCCCAGAAGAUUGAAGGAUUUAAACGCCUUGAUUGCCAGAGUGCUGACCUUUUUAAAAAAAAAAGAAAAGAAAAAGGACAAAAUGUCUUCUUAUUGACUUGA